AAAGUAAUUUGAAAGAUGAGAAAAAAAAUCACCAUGAAUCUAUCAAAAAAGAGCAAAAAUUUGUUAUUGUAGAUUUCACAAUGUCUUUCAAAUUGCCUUCAUUUGUAUUGUUGACACAGUUUUACCAUUCCUUUUUCUCUUUCAAUUUAGCGACUAGUAUAUUUUAAUUAAUUUCUUACUGUAAAGAUACCUAGUUAAUUAUACGCAUGUGGUGUCACAUUGAAUGAACUUCGAAGUGGAUCGUUAUUCGUCUGCGUGGGCACACAUCGCCCUAUGUGCGGAUCUCACAUGGGCUAGAGAACCUCCUGAUGAAUUCCUAAUUGCUAAUCAGCGCCUUUGGGCACAACAUUGCCGCGUUUCCCAAGUCUUGCAAGAGUCUGCCACUGAAUGUCUAUCUUCAUCACCAAAUAAUAGAUGCGAACAUACAGAAAAAACACAGAAUUCUCAUCAAAUUCAAGAAAACGGAAGUACUAUUGGCAGAAGGAGUGUAAAAGAAGUUAUACCGGAGUCUAGAUUGGCGCAGUUUUAUGGGAAUUUUUACUACGACGAUGUUAGAGAAAAAUGCUACAUCAAUGAAAAUGAUAUAAACUAUCCAAGAGGACAUAAUGGACAAGGAUGCGAAAAUUCUGAUCUUACAGAAUGUUGGAUGUUACCCGAGGUGGACUACUGGUUCCGGAAGCUGCUGGACGACGCGCCGGACCGCACGCCGCGCCGCCGCCGCCAGUUCCGCGCGCUAGCUGACGACGACUUCGUUCCCCGAGGCCCUGCUCGCUCGGCGGAGGAGGCGGCCCUGGCGGCGCGCGUGCGGUCGGUACGGGGGCUGUGGCAGCGCGCGCCAAGCCCGCCGCCGCCGCCGCGCAAGAUGCGCGCGCGCAGGCGACAGCCGCGCCGCGUGGCUGCGACCACGCUGACGUAUAGUUUGGACGCGCCCGCGCCGCUGCUGUGUGAUCCUAGUCGGAAGUUCCAGUUCGAGCCGCUACGCCCGCCGACACGCGAGGGUGCGCGCGCGCGGCCCCCCGCCGGCUCACAGCGCGCGGCGCGGAGUCAGCCCUACCGAGGGACCAAUGUCACGCGGUACGCGCCCACUGCGCAACGGCCGCACAGAUGCCCGGACAAGCGCUACGGCGUGUGGUGGCCGCGCGACCACCCCUCCCCGCGCCUCGAGAGCCGGUUCAAGCUGGCGCCGCCCGCAGACAGCAACACCAAGACGGAGGAACAACCUGCCAGCAGCACUCCGGAGGAAGCACCACCACAAGAACCAACCAAAGAAGAAGCCACGGUAGAGCCACAGGAACCGAAGGCAGAGGCUGAAGUGCAGCCAGAGAAAGAAGCGAAAGAGGAAGCUGAAAGUCCCAAAACCCCUCCAGAAACCCCGAUCCCCGCUGAUCCCCAAACCCCGACCAGCACCGCGAGCGAACCCGGACGGAAGAAGAGACUCUACAGCACAGUUCUCAGCAUGAGCGCACCGGCUCCUUUAAACUUGGCACAGGUCAGGCUAUCCCAAAAGUUGGCUCCAGGACUGUUGAAACUUAACCCGAAAAUAGUCCUCCCAGCCGCCAGGAUACGACCGGCCGUGGACCACAAGUUUGAGGAGUUGGAGAAGGAAGCGCUAGAGCAGUAUAAAGCGUCUGACGAGAGCAUAGACACGAAGUUUAGAGAACUGGAGAAAGAAGCCGUGGAGCAGUACAGCACGAGCAAUAGCAACACGAGUUGCAGCAGCGGAAACUCCGGGGAGAAGAAGACGACCACACCGCCCCCUACCGUCCCUGAAGCGGAACCCCCCACCCCCAGCAGCACCAAGCAGUCGCCGGCAAAAUUUCACAAAGAAAAACGCGACAGCGUCACAGUCUACUCUCAGAAUUUUCCCGACCGCCCUGCCAAAGAGAAGGCGACCAGUGUAAAGAAUCUAAAAAACUUGCACACCCCCCAGAGGGGGGAAAAAAAGGAGGGUCGUAGGCCGAAGAACUUGCGGAGCGUCAAGAGCGAGCCACAGCGGGUCGCGUCCGACACCAACCAGGAGGGGAAGCCACGAGGGAACCACAAGGGGCGCUGGUCGCUGCCUCCCAAGAAGAGACACCUGAAUAUGUGCGUGUCCGACUGUUCGUCUGAUGAGGAAGUGAAGGUAAAAGACGCAGUGGCAAGGAGCAAGCAGAGCCCGGGCGGCAAAGCCAAGCUUUCGGCCCAUGGGGGAGGCGAUCUACAUCCAAUCAUGAGAAAAACAUAAAAAGUAUUUUUAUCUCUACUGCCUGCUGAACUUUGCUGUGCUCGUUUGGGAUAAGUUUGGUGGUAAAUUUAGUGGUGAGGUGAACUUUUUUGAUAUCAAUAUACAGAGAGUGUUGUGAAUUUGUGAGGUCCCACUGACUGUGUGUUAAAACUGUGAUCCCAUGAAGCAAUUCUAUUGUUGUGCUUAUUUUACUAGUCAUAAUGCGUUUGUAUAUAUUUUAUGUAUUCCUUUUUUAUUUUUGAACUUUAAUUGAUAUUUAAUUAAGCAAGAAUUUCAGUUCAGAAAAUUCUCUAGGUAUUCAAAAGAUAUGAAUAAAUUUUAUAUGCAUUUUCA